AUGGAUAGGAUAUGGAAGAAUCUCAAAGGUUGGAAGGAGAAAAGUCUGUCUUUUGAAGGAAGAGGGGUCCUCAUUGGGGCAGUUUCUCAAGCCAUACCCACCUAUUUCAUGAGUGGUUUUCUGCUCCCUAAGGGUUUAUGUGAAAAAAUAGAGAAGGUUGUUUGUGCCUUUUGGUGGGGCAGCAAGGGUAAUAAUAGAGAAAGAUCCAUUGGGCUAAAAAGGAAACUAUUCAAAUCUAAACAUAAAGUUGGUAUGGGUUUUAAGAUUCUUAGAGAUUUCAAGUUAGCUAUGCUAGCUAACCAAGUCUGGCGCUUCCACAAGCAACCUGAAUCCAUCAUUGCUAAAAGUUACAAGGCCGAAUACUUUCCCAAUACGGAUAUUCUACAUGCUCCCAUUGGAAAUAGUCCAAGCUUUGCUUGGAGGAGCAUCCAACAAUCUAUUUAG